UCACUUCAUUUUUCAAAGCAGCGAGAUCGUGCUUUGUCUCUGUUGUAAUCAAACCACACGAGGAGAAGACCUACAGGAACAUAAAGCAGCCGAAACACUGGAAAAUAUAAGCAAGAACAGCAUUUCUCAUUUUAGUCGUGAAGAUCUCUGAAUCCAGGAGUUCACUGACCCACAACUCGCACGUGGGAUAUUGACUACUUCCACCAUGGAACCUGUCAGAUCAGAAAUGAGUGUCCUUUCCAAUGGGAAAGGUCAUGACCUGGGAGAAGAAAUGUGCGUGCCGAUGAAGACUAUGAUGGAGGAAGAACACAGCUGUACCCAUCACAACAGCAGGUUUGAUGAUCCUGGCAGCACACUUACUGAGAACAUUGAGUUCCUGCCCAACGGCGAGGGAAAGAAGCCACGUUUCACUGAUUUUGAGGGGAAGACCUCUUUUGGCAUGUCAGUCUUCAAUUUGGGCAAUGCCAUUAUGGGCAGUGGGAUAUUGGGAUUGGCCUACGCUAUGGCCAAUACUGGCAUACUGCUUUUCUUGUUUCUCCUCACGGCUGUAGCUGGUCUCUCUUGCUAUUCUAUUCACCUCCUGCUGAAGUCCUCUGGUGUUGUGGGAAUCAGAUCUUAUGAACAGCUGGGAUUCAGGGCCUUCGGAAUGACAGGGAAGUUGGCAGCCGGAAUCGCUAUCACUCUUCAAAACAUUGGAGCCAUGUCCAGUUACUUAUACAUCAUCAAGUCAGAGUUCCCGCUGGUGCUGCAGGCGUUUUUGAAAGCAGAUACCACUUCAGGGGAAUGGUAUCUUAAUGGAAACUACUUGGUGGUGCUUGUGUCUCUCUCUGUCAUCCUACCUUUGGCUCUAAUGAAACAGCUGGGAUACCUUGGUUAUGCCAGUGGUUUUUCACUCAGCUGCAUGGUCUUCUUCCUCAGUGCAGUGAUCUAUAAGAAGUUCCAGAUUCUGUGCCCAUUUGAGGAGUUUUCAGCCAAUAGCACGCUGACACACACUCAUUCAAACGUGACUGUGAACCACAACCACGGCUACCAGAACGGACAUGUGAUGGAGGACGACUCCUACUGCAGUCCGCAGAUGUUUACCGUCAACACACAUACUGCAUACACCAUCCCCAUUCUCGCCUUCGCGUUUGUCUGCCACCCUGAGGUCCUGCCCAUCUACACUGAACUGCGCAACCCAACUCAGAGGAAGAUGCAGCACGUUUCCAACGUCUCCAUUCUGAUCAUGUACACCAUGUACUUCCUUGCUGCUCUCUUUGGAUACCUAACAUUUUACACUAAUGUUGAGCCCGAGCUUCUGCACACAUACAGCAGGAUCGACCCUUACGACACUCUCAUCCUCUGCGUGCGUUUGGCUGUGCUCACCGCCGUCACGCUGACUGUGCCCAUCGUUCUGUUCCCAGUGCGAAGAGCCAUUCAAGAGAUGAUAUUCCCUAAUAAGACCUUCAACUGGAUCCGACACAUUGCCAUCGCUGUCGUUCUCCUGACCUUCAUCAAUAUGCUGGUCAUCUUCGCUCCCAACAUCCUGGGCAUCUUUGGCGUCAUUGGUGCAACAUCCGCUCCGUGUCUUAUCUUCAUCUUCCCUGCUGUCUUCUACAUCCGUAUUGUUCCCAAGGAUAAAGAGCCAAUGCGCUCUACUCCUAAAAUCUUUGCUGCCUGUUUUGCUGGACUGGGCGUGUUGUUUAUGAUAAUGAGCUUGGGCUUCAUCAUCAUUGAUUGGACAUCAGGCAGCAGCAGUGGUCUGGGUGGCCACUAGGAGACAAACUCUGAUGAACGACGAUGUGUGUUUUUGUGUACGUGCCUUUGUAUGAGUGUGUGUGGCAUUCGUUAGGUUAGUGAUGUAACAUACUGGAAGGUGAUCUCAUUUAUUUCUAUCCAUAUUUUUCUACACGUUAUGACACAGAGGAUGCCCUAUCCCACUGUGGGCAGAAAAAAGGUGAGGGGGACCCAAAUCAACAUCCCAUUUUACACAGAUAGCCUGCCGUCAGAUAAUGGGGAAAAUUGCAUUACUCUAAAAAUUCAGACUGAUGUUUUGUAUUUUAAAACCUGUAAAUGUACUGAUUUUGUUUAUUUGGGCAGAGCUUUUUUAUUUAUUGAAGGGUUGGUGCAUCCUCACUUAACCUGUAGAAAUAUGCUGCUUCAGUUUGCUUGUCGUUAUUUUUAUUAACUCUCACUCUCUGUUUUAUUAAUCCAGAGCUCUUAUACUUGACACUUUUUACUGCAAGUACUGUGGAAACACAUAAUUGCAUUCUUCAAGAUUUCUUUUAAGUAACAGCAAAUUCUUUGUACAAUAGCUAGCUGUAUAUUAGAUUUCUACAUAUUUAAUUCUACAUAUUACUUUGGCCAUAGAACGAGGAUGUUGUAGAGGUUUUGAUUGCUCUCUGGGAGUUAAAUGAAGGGGGAGUUUGGUAAAGAUGGAUCGGUAGAUGGUUUACUCCCCAGUGGGCUUUGGACAAUCAACAUUCACAUUGCCACCUAUUUCAGAUAACUUUCAGUGUUUUCAGUCAAGUGAGAGUGCAAUUUAUCAUAUCGCACAAUUUCACUGUGCCAAAGCUAAGGAUUUAUAUAACCAAACUAUCAUGAAUCAUAUUUUCUGUUUUCCUAAAGUAUGCACAGUAGUCAUAGAAUGCAAGGCGUGCCUUAAUCACAUGGAGAUUUGAGCAGUGAAAAAUGUAUUUAUUUAAUUGUAUCGAAUAUAUUUAGCAGUUGACUGGAUGAGUAGUAGUGUAAGAGUAUUAGUGUUACAGUAUUAACACAUACAAUGACAGUGUCCUUCAUCAUUUUUGUUUGUGUUGUGUUGAAGAUCAUGAUGCCUGCAUACUCAAGGUCAUUUACACAAACCCUAGAUAUGGACCUCAUAUACAUGUACAAAACCAUAUUUUACUUGAAAUAGACAGAAUCUCCCCUGGAUUACAAUUCAAACAAUCAAAUUAAAGCAAUAGUUCACUCUAUAAUUGAAAUUAGCUGGAAACAAACUCACCCUCAUGUCAUUGAAGAUAUAAAUCAGUUUGUUUCUUCAUGGGAACAGAUUUUGAGAAAUUUAGCAUUCUAUCACUUGCUCACCAAUGGAUCUGCUGCAGUGAAUGGGUGCCGUCAGAAUGAGAGAUGAAACAGCUGAUAAAAACAUCACAAUAAUCCACAAGUAAUCCACAAUUGGUAAGCAAGUGAUGUUAUGCUAAAUUUCUCCAAAUCUUUUCUUACAAAGAAACAAACUUAUCUAUAUAUUGGAUCACCUGGGGGUGAGUACAUUUACAGCAAAUUAAAAUUUUCUGGGUGAACUAUUUGUAGAAGCUGCUCUCAAUAUCUCACAUAAAACAGUUGUAAAUGUUUUCUUUCUUCUUUUUUUUUUUAACAGAUGUGUUUAACCUUUCUUGUAAUCGGAGUAUAUGUGGACCUUGUUUUGGUAUUAGCAGUAGUUAAUGAACCAGCUGAAAUGUAGAAACAGGAAAGGCACCAGUAUUUUUUAGUUUGAAGGAAACUUGUUGCUUAUUUGGAGUUUGAAAUAUCUCGCUCUUACUCAGUGGUUGAUGUGAUGCUUUCAAAACUGUAAUGUAUUGAGAUUCUGCCAAAGUAUUAUGCUGUGCAAUCCUAUUGUACAAUAAGUUGUGCUAAUAUUAUGUGCCGACUGAUGACUAAAUGGGUUGGUAGUGGCAGAUAUUGAUACACAAUGAAAAAACUGCAACAGAUGUGAGCAUACAGUUCAUUUCAUCACAUUAAUGACAAAAAAAUUAGAUAAGACUUUAAUUUGUGAUGUAUGAAAUGUUGCUGACAUCUUAGUUCUGUUUGCAUUGUCAACCAAAAAACAAACUGAACUUUAUGCUGGAGAUUGAAGUACAAUGCCAGUGGUCCCUGAGUGUCACUAUUUAACACGGCGGUGAAUUUUUUUUAUUUUUAUUUUCCUAAAACUUAAUGUGUACUUUUUGAAGUAGUAUUUAUCCAAAAUACUAAAGAAAAGUGCCUUUACAACCAGCUACCUUAGAUGCUUUUUGAUACUACACAUACACACACACACAUAUAUAAUACUUUUUUUUUUUUUAAACAAGGAUUUCUAUAAGUGCUGGUAAAUAGCCCUUGAACUUUAGCUUUUUUUUUUUUUUUUUUUUUUUAAACAAUGAAUAAUACAGUUACAAUGAAUAAUAGUUAGUAAUUUGAAUAUUCUAAUAACAUAAUAAUAUUAUUUUUUAAUAUCAUUUUAGUCAAGCUAUUGCCUUGCUGGGGAUAUUUUGCUUCAACCAAAGUAGCAUUGGAUUGAACAUAAAAUCAGGGGCACUGAAUACUGAUCAUUUUAUAAUGUGAUUCAUAUGGUAUGUAAUGCAAAAAAAUAUUAUGACUGAAAUUCUGUAGAGGAUAUUUGUCUAAAUGCUGCCCAGUUUAUAUACCUUUUCUUCAAACAAGUCUUUCUAACAUUUGUUAUAUUUUAUCAUACAGAUCAUUAGAUUUGUUCCUUUUUUUAAUAAGGAAUACACAGAUCGGUUAGUUUUUCCAAGCAUUAUUUACACACACAUCUAGGCCUUUUUAAUUGAUACAGUUGGGUUCAUGUGAUAGAUUGUUUAGUGCAUUCAUAUAUGUUGUAUAUAAAUGUGAACCACUUUCAUUUGUGAUGCAUAUUUAGCUUGUAUAGUGUAAAUAGCAGAACCACUUUGACAAUAAAAAGCUGUUUUUAAACCUG